AUGGACUGGUUAACCUCUUCAUUAAAUUAUUUUCUUCAAAUGUUUGACAUUGUCGAUAUUGCUGUAAUUUUAAUUAUAACAACAAUAGCUAUAAUUUAUUAUUUUAAUUUGCAUUCUUCGACACCUAAAAAUAGCAGUACAACUCUAACAAAUAAUUUAUCAAAUGGAUCAUUGACUAGUAAUAAAAUGGACAAAUCCUUUUUAAAUAGGAUGAAGAAUGAAAAUAGACAGAUUUUAAUUCUCUAUGGUUCCCAGACUGGAACUGGUGAGGAAUUGGCUGGACGUUUAGCAAAAGAUUUUGGACGUUUUGGCAAAAAGCCUUUAUUAAUUGACCCUGAAGAAAUUGAAGCGGAAGAUUUACCAAAAAUUACUGAAGAAUUUGAAGACCCAAUUCUUUUACUUUUUGUCGCGACAUAUGGAGAGGGUGACCCUACUGACAAUGCCCAAGCUUUACACGAAUAUUUUACAAAUAAUGAACCAGACUUGACAAAACUUAAAUAUUCCGUUUUUGGACUUGGAAAUAAAACAUAUGAACAUUACAAUGCUGUAGGCAAAUUUUUUGAUAAAAGAUUGGAAGAACUUGGGGCUGAAAGAAUUUGUGAACUUGGAUUGGCUGAUGAUGAUGGAAAUUUGGAAGAGGAUUUUAUGCGGGAACAUUUCCUUUCAACUGUGUCUUCUCGUUUUGGAUGGGAUUUGGUAAAUAAUGGAAGUUUGGAUCGUCAAUACAAACUUGAAAUAAUAACUGAACAAAAUGGACCUAUUUUUAAAGGAGAAUUUGGGCGUAUUGGAGCUUUUGAAAAACAGCGACCGCCUUUUGACCAAAAAAAUCCAUUUUUGUCAAAAAUUUCUGUUAAUCGUGAAUUACACACAAAUCAAAGUGAAAGGUCUUGUCGACAUGUAGAAUUUGAUAUUGACUCAGCAAAAGUUCGUUAUGAUGCUGGUGACCAUGUUGCUGUUUUUCCAACAAAUGAGCCUGAAUUGGUUGAAAAAUUGGGAGAAUUACUUGAAGUUAAUUUGGAUACAAUAUUUAAAUUAAUUAAUCUUGACGGUUUGUUUUUUUAA